CGCUUGACACUUCACCACUUCGCAUCCUUGGAACACCGCAUGAUAUAUACCCACCAAUUUUGCAUCACCUGGACAUAGCCAGAGCACGAGCAAAGUAAAAGGCAACCAAGAUGGCCAGGCCGUCGCCGUCGCCGUCGCUGCUCGUCCUCGCGGCCGUCGCCGCCGCCGUCUGCCUCGCGCAGCCCGGCGCGGCGGACCUGAAGGUGGGCUACUACGCGAGCACCUGCCCCAACGUGGAGGCCAUCGUGCGCGGCGUGGUGCAGCAGAAGAUGCAGGCCACCAUCCGGACCAUCGGCUCCACCAUCCGCCUCUUCUUCCACGACUGCUUCGUCGAGGGUUGCGACGGCUCGGUGCUGAUCGAGUCGACGCCGGGCAACCAGGCCGAGAAGGACGCCUCCGACAACAAGUCCCUGGCGUUCGAAGGCUUCGACACGGUGCGGAGCGCCAAGGCCGCCGUGGAGGCCGCCUGCCCCGACACCGUCUCCUGCGCCGACGUGCUUGCCCUCGCCACCCGUGACGCGAUCGCCAUGAGUGGCGGACCCUUCUUCCCAAUGGAGCUGGGCAGGCUGGACGGGCUGAGCUCCACGGCCAGCAGCGUGCCCGGCCAGCUGCCCGAGCCGAACCAGACCAUGGACCAGCUGCUCGCGGUCUUCAAGGCGCACGGGCUCAACAUGUCGGACCUCGUCGCGCUCUCGGCGGCGCACAGCGUGGGGCUGGCGCACUGCAGCAAGUUCUCGGACCGGCUGUACAAGCACCGGCCGGGGAAGCCGACGGACCCGACGCUGAACCCCAAGUACGCGCGGUUCCUGGAGAGCAAGUGCCCCGACGGCGGGCCGGACAACCUGGUGCUCAUGGACCAGGCCUCGCCGGCGGAGCUGGACAACCAGUACUACCGGAACCUGCAGGACGGCGGCGGGCUGCUGGGCUCCGACGAGCUGCUCUACACCGACAACCGGACGCGCCCCAUGGUGGACGCGCUGGCCAACAGCACCGCCGCCUUCUACAAGGCCUUCGCCGACGCCAUCGUCAGGCUCGGCCGCGUCGGGGUCAAGUCCGGCAGGCGGGGCAACAUCCGCAAGCAGUGCGACGUGUUCAACUGAAAGGAAAAUCCGGGGUGAGCAGCGGCGCAUGUGUCAUGCCAUCAUGUGUGUGCACACGGAAUUGCGUGUACAUUUAUUUGUUGACAUGCGUGUCGGGGGCGCAGAGGGAAAUUAAAAUUCGGUUGGGGUUGUUUCCGGUAAUGUGUCUGUACAUACACACAUCUCUCUUGUUUGAUUCGUUGCAUGCGUUGGUUGUUGAAAGUGUAUGCAGUGCACACAAGAUGUUCUUCCGCAAAUGUACACAGUGACGAGUUAAUAAAACGUUCUCCAGAAUAAUAAUUAUUGGAUUGGGCAUAAAGCUGUCA